GCGAAUGAAAUGGUUUUAAAAAAUUUAUACAACCAUAACCACAAGUACCGUUAUAAUUAAAACUCAUAUAAACACAGUCUGUUUCAUAUAUACAAACAACUAACCAGUCCAUAUGUCUCUUCAACAGAUAUCUAGUGGGAUGACUGUAAGUUCAAGUCGGUUGGUUGGACCAUGGGUAGUGGCGAUGAGCCGCACCAUGAGUACUAAUAGUAAUAGUAUAAUGCGAUAUCCGGCCUUACGAUAUAUCAUACGGACUAUGACAACUUGUCAGACCCAGACCCAGACCCAGAAACAGAAUCAAAACAAGACACUACCUAUCAGAUCUGGCAUAAGUAUAAAGCCAUAUCAACAUACCAAUUUAUUGACUAAUUUCAAGCCCCAUACUAUAUCAACAACACCACAAUUCCGGAAUAUAUCAACUUCAUCAAGACUUUUCAAUACUAACCCUCCAAAUCAAAAUCGAAAUGAGAGUAAAUCUAAAAUACAAGAUAUAAAAGAUACUAUAUUAAAAUCAUCUAUUACUAAAGCAGCAUUAUUAUCUAAAGCCAAUUCUUCCUUAAGUCGAUUAUUAAUUCAUUUAAAGUGGCCAUUGAUUAGAGGUAAAAUUAAUCAACAUUCAUCAUUUGAUAUUAUAUCAGCGUUUAUAUCAUGGUUGGUUAUGGGGAAUAUUCUUUGGAUUAUUCUUGGAACCACUACUUUUGGAUUAGUAGUUAUGCAUUCUAUUCAUUAUUUUGAUAAUGCCUAUGAAAAGAUAGCUUCUAUAUUACUUAACAAUAUUAAUGAUAAUAAUAAUAAUAAUAAUGAUGAUAAUGAUGAAAAUAAUGAAUUUAAAAAUAAUCACGAUAACAGUAUUCUUGGAAGAAUAACCAGUUCAAUUCUUUCUUAUGGACUUGGAGUUAGAAUUCAAUUUCAAAAGGGGAAUAUAUUACCCGAAUUAAAAGACGGUAAAUUAAGAUUUAAAAAUUUUAAAAUAAUAUCAAGAGAUGAUCAAUCAUUUCUUGCUACAAUAGAAGCCGCAGAUUUAACAUUAUCUUUCAAUAAAUGGUAUGAAGGUAAUGGAAUUAUAUAUGAUUUAGAGAUUUUUGGUAUGAAUGGUAAGAUUUUUAAAUCAGAUGAAGAUCAACCACAAACUCAUAAUCAACAUCUUCGUAACAAUGAUAAUUCUCAAACCAUGAUAUUUAGAAAUCAUUUUGAAAAUAUUCAUUAUCAAUAUGAUCUUAUGCAUGAAGAUGAAGAAGAAAGCUUUCAAGUUCAAUCUGUAUCUUCUGGUAAAUUAAUGGAUUCCAAUUAUAAACUUGAUCAUGUUAAGAUUCAUGAUUCAUAUAUUGAAAUAUUUAAUAAUAAAGAAACUUCACCUUUAAGAAUUACUAUAUUCAAUUGUGAUCUUCCAAGAUUAUCUGGUGAUAAGUUAUUAAUUGAUUUCUUUAAUGCCAAUAAUUCUAGUGGAUUAAUUAAUGAUUCAAUGUUUACUAUUCAUAAACGUCAAGACCUUUUAGGUGAAUUUAAUCCGUACAAUAACAAUAAUAAUAAUGAUGAUAAUGAAGACAAAUUAAUUCGAUUUAAAUUGGAUUCUGUUGAUUUAGGUUCAUUAAGUCAAUCGAAUCCAUUGCUGAAAUUUAAUUGGAUAGUUAAUGGGAAAGCAGAAAUCAUUGCCGAUAUAAAAUUACCUAACAUUGAUAAACUUGAGAAUGAUUCAGAAUCGUUUAAGUUUGUAUCAGAUAUGUUUAGUGAAUUCUUAAAGAUAACCAAGACUAGUGAGAUAACUGCAAGUAAUUCUGAGCCAGUUAUCAAUGAUAAUGAUAAUGAUAAUGAUGAUAAGACUUUAUUAAAGGGAGCAUUGGCAGCCAUCUAUCAUACUUUCACCAAACCCGAGAAUGAAUUUUCCAAUACUACAACUAAUGAAUAUGUGGUAGUCAAUGUAAAGGUUAAAUUCUAUGAUUUAAAGGCAAGUUUACCUAAGAAUUUACCCAUGUCAAAUUCCAAUAAUGUUCCAUUUGUGUCAUUACAUGAUUUACGAUCAUUAAUUAGUUUUAUAAAUAAUUAUACUGAUGAAAUGGAAUCCAAACAGAAAUCAUUGUCUAAUGAUUUACAUUCAUCUGAGUCUACAUCAUCUUCAUCAUCAGUGUCUGCAUAUUCACCAAUAGUUAUUAAAACAACCGUUAUUGAAAAAGUGUCUGAUUUAUACCACAUUCAUAAUUUAUCACAAACUAAAAUAUUUGAUGCUAUAAUUAGUGAUAUUUAUGAAGAUAUGUUGAAAUUAGUUAAAUUAGAUGAAAAGAGAAUUAUUAAUCAAAAGUCCACCAUGUGGUCUCAUUCACUUGCUAGUCAAUUACUUCUAUUGGGUUUAGGAGUUAUUGUAUAGACAAGCACUGUAUAUACUUUAUUUAUUUAUAUAUAUACUUUAUUUAUUUAUAUAUAUACUUUAUUUAUUUAUAUAUAUACUUUAUUUAUUUAUAUAUAUACUUUAUUUAUU